AUGGAGAGUCAGGAACUGCCUUAUGUGCUAGUUGACUGUAUAGGAGGGAGACUUGGAGUAUAUGAAGACCAUCUUGGAUUUCUGAAGAAACGUUUUCAUCUCAUCACCAUGAAAGAAUAUCUUGAAAACAAGACACUUCUCAGCAAAAAGAUCAGAGCUAUCUAUGUGUGGUAUCACAAACCAGCUAUUAAUGAAGAUCUGCUCCAAAGCCUGCCUAACUUGAAGGUAGUUGCAAGUGCUGGAGUGGGAAUAGAUCACUUGGAUCUGAAACUCCUCUCCAGCUAUGGUGUGAAGGUGUCCAAUACUCCAUUUAUUGUUUCCACUGACACUGCAGACAUGGGGAUGGCUUUGAUGCUGGCAUCUUCCAGGAGACUUGUGGAAGGCCAUGAGAUGGCAGUCUCCCCUGACACAGAGUAUUUCCCCGUUGACUGGCUGGGGGUUGAGGUUUCUGGAGCAACCCUGGGAAUCCUGGGAAUGGGCAAAAUUGGUUACAAAGUGGCUGAAAGAGCCAAAGCCUUUGAAAUGAAGAUUUUGUACCACAACAGAAAUCAGAGAAAAAAGGAAGAAGAAAGUGCUGUUGGAGCUAUUUACUGUAAGAAGAUAGAUGAUUUGCUCCAGCAGUCAGAUUUUGUAUUAUUGGCUGCAACCCUAACUCCACAGACACACAAAAUGAUUGGGAAGAGGGAGCUGGAGCUGAUGAAACCCACUGCUACUCUUAUUAAUAUCAGCAGAGGUCUGAUAGUGGAUCAGGAUGCUUUGGUGGAAGCCCUUCAAAACAAAGUUAUUAAGGCAGCUGCUCUGGAUGUGACAUAUCCUGAACCUUUGCCAAGGGAUCACCCCUUGUUAAAGCUGAAGAAUGUUAUAAUAACUCCUCACAUCGGAAGUGCCACCAAGAAGACGCGCUGGGUUAUGAUGGAGGAAAUGGCAGAGAGCAUAGAGGCAGGCCUGGCGGGUCUUCCUAUCCCUCGUGAGGUGCUGCCCUGAGCAGCUUGCAUUUAGGAUUAAUGCCAUCAGUGCAGAAGCAGCAAUUUGAUCACUUUCCAUGUAAUUACUUCGUGUAAUUUCGUGUUAUGCAGAUAAAAUAUAUAAAUCACGGGUUCAAUUUAUUUAA